AUGGAGCCAAGGGGAGGGAUGAAGCCACCGGUGCGUUGGGGGCAGCUGCCGGACAUUCGCAACACGGUGGGCAACAUCCCCAUGGAGUGGUACCAGGACUUCCCGCACAUCGGCUAUAACCUGGAGGGCAAGAAGAUCUACAAGCCCAUCCGGAACAAGGAUGAGCUGGACAUGUUCCUGGAGAAGAUGGAGAACCCUGACUACUGGCGAACGGUCCAGGACAAGAUGACAGGUGCAGACAUAAAGCUGACAGACGAGCAGGUGGACCUGGUGCAUCGCCUCCAGAAAGGGCAGUUUGGGGAUGUCCACUUCAAUCCCUAUGAGCCGGCCGUUGACUUCUUCACCCAUGAGGUCAUGAUCCACCCGGUGACGAAUCGCCCAGCGGACAAGCGGAGCUUCAUCCCCUCCCUCAUUGAGAAGGAGAAGGUCUCCAAGCUGGUCCAUGCCAUCAAGAUGGGCUGGAUCAAGCCCCGCAAGCCCAAGGACGACACCCCUACCUACUAUGACCUCUGGGCCCAUGAGGAUCCCAACUCCAUCCUGGGCCGCCACAAGAUGCACGUCCCAGCACCCAAGAUGAAGCUGCCUGGGCACGAGGAGUCCUACAACCCCCCACCCGAGUACCUGCUCAGCGAGGAGGAGGUGAGGGGGGUCCUUGAGCGGCCAGGAGACACGGGAAGGUGCUGGGCACCCCAGCAGUACCGGUGCCUGCGGGCAGUACCUGCCUACUCCCGCUUCAUCCACGAACGCCUCGAGCGCUGCCUGGACCUCUACCUCUGCCCGCGCCAGAGGAAAAUGCGGGUCAACGUGGACCCUGAGGACCUGAUCCCCAAGCUGCCGAAGCCGCGGGACCUACAGCCCUUCCCGACCACCCAGGCCCUGGUCUACCGUGGGCACACCAGCCUGGUGCGUUGCCUCAGCAUUUCUCCCAGCGGGCAGUGGCUGGUGUCAGGUAAGGAUUCGCUCCCGAGGCGUAGAAUCACGGAAUGGUUAGAGUUGGGAGGGGCCUUAAAGGCCAUCGCCUGGAACCCCAACCCCACCGUCUGCCUGGUGGCCAUCUCUGUGGAGCAGUCGGUGCUGCUGCUGCACCCCUGCCUCGGGGACAAGCUGCUCUACGGGGCCACCGACCAGCUGCUGGAGUCCUACGUGGCGCCAGAGGAGGAGCGGGUCCAGCCCGUGCAGUGGGUGACAGCCACCAUGGAGGAGCACAGCAAAGGCAUCCGACUGGUGGUCCAGCACAGCAAGGCUGUGAAGCAGGUGACCUGGCACGGCAAAGGUGACUACUUUGCCAGCGCCGUGUCUUCUGACAACAGCAACAUGCAAGUGCUGAUUCACCAGACCAGCAAGCGCUGGAGCCAGAACCCCUUCCGCAAGAGCAAGGGGCUGGUGCAGUGCGUCCUCUUCCACCCCAUCCGCCCCUACUUCUUCGUGGCCACCCAGCGCUACGUCCGCAUCUACAACCUCCUCAAGCAGGAGCUCACAAAGAAGCUGAUGACCAACUGCAAGUGGGUGUCCAGCAUGGCCAUCCACCCUGGAGGAGACAACAUCAUCUGCGGUAGCUACGACAGCAAGCUGGCCUGGUUCGACCUGGACCUCUCCACCAGACCCUACCAGCUGCUGCGGCACCACAAGAAAGCGCUGCGGAGCGUGGCCUUCCACAAGCACUACCCGCUCUUCGCCUCGGGCUCGGACGACGGGACCGUCAUCGUUUGCCAUGGCAUGGUCUACAACGACCUGCUGCAGAACCCGCUGCUGGUGCCCGUGAAGGUGCUGAAGGGCCACGUGAUGACAUUGGACCUGGGUGUCCUCGAUGUGCUCUUCCACCCCACCCAGCCCUGGGUCUUCUCCUCCGGCGCCGACGGCACCGUCCGGCUCUACACGUAG